AUGAAAGUCAGACUUUGUUUCAUUUUUCUCUGUUUACUACUAUUAUUCUCGUUAUUCGAUGAAACCUCCGCGCGAGGUGGCGGUGGUCGAGGCGGCCGAGGACGCGGACGCGGACGGAGUGGAGCUCGUGGAGGUGGAGGAUCGCGUGGAAAAUCCACAAUGAGAAGUGGAAUCCGCGGAAGUAGCUCGUAUUCUGGAGGAUAUCGUCAAGGAGCCUAUGGAUAUAAAACACAAUCAUCAACAUCUUCUUUUUCCAAUUUUGGUUCAUCAUCUUUCCGAAAUCAACACUUUUAUCAUAAUCCAAACAUUCAAGUACGAGCUGGUCAUCCAUUUGUGAUUCUGGCGGCAACGCAACCCAUGUUUUAUGAUAAUCGAAACUAUUACUGGAGUUAUAGUCUGACAAAGUCUGCAACAAGCAACGAAACUCGGCCGGAAUCCAUUUGUGAAUAUGUUUUUGGAGAGGAUGAUGGAGAUUUGCGAAAUAUGACUUUUGCCAAUGGAACUCAAGUCAAAUCGAUAUUCUUCAGUUGCACAGGAACUGUUGAUUGUUGUGGAAUGUAUUGUUGUCAUGAUUUUGGCCAGUGGUUCGAGCUGUUAUUUGUUAUUGGGUUCAUUGCCGUAAUCAUAUUCAUAGCCUACCAUGCAAAACGGAGCGAGAUGGCAAAAGGAUCAUCAUCGAAAGAUUUAGAACCACUCCGACCAGUCAAAGCUAAAGGGAAAACUGGAAAAUGA